AUGCCGCCCGAUCGACAACGCGCUACACGCAUAGUCCGCGUCCGAACCGGAUGCUGGUCCUGUAGGCGGCGAAAGAAGAAAUGCGAUGAAGUCCGACCGAUGUGCGGGGGCUGCAGGCGAAAUGAUCUUAGUUGCCAGUGGCCCACCGCUAAUGGGAAGAAUUCCGACCCGGCUAGCCACGUGUCGAGGAUCAGCGAAGAGCGGUGUUCAAGCCCCUUGAGGGUUAUUGAAGAAUAUAAAAUGACCAAGUCUCCCAGUCCUGCAUCUUCGCAUCGUCAAUCUUCUGUUUCGUCGAGUGGUGGCUUAUCGGGAAUUCUUGGAGAGGCUGAUCAUGCGACCCACGAGAUAACGGAUCGCCGGGAUUCGAAUACGACCAACAUUUCGGAAAUUUCGGAUAUCAGCAGGACUGAUAAUGCCCUUAUACCGAAUAUGGCUGUUGGAAAUGUCAUGCCGAGGACGAUGUCGAUGCUUCCUGGCUAUGACCCGGAAUCGUAUACAUUGCUGAGCCAUUACCUCAGCACUACGGCUGACUGCAUGGCAAACGGAACAACCCCCAUCAACCCUUUCUUGGUUCAGAUUGUUCCAUUGGCAUUCACGAGCGACUUGUUAUUACAGCUUGUGCUAGCCCAGAGCGCUGCGCACCGGGCAUUCCGACGCCGAGAUGAGUCUGAUGCUGUUGCUCAGUCUCACUAUACUAAAGCCAUCCAGCUGUUCCGACAUGGCGUGGGUGAAUUCAUCGAGGGAAAGGAGUCAAAUCCUUUAAUGCUACUUGUCGGGGCGCUUCUUAUGUGUUUUACAGAGACCGCGAAGGGGGACAUGACAGGAACUAUCUUCGACCAUUUGACCGCAGCGAACUCUCUCCUGGUGAAGCUUCUCGAACAGAGCGACACUGCAGUUCCCCGAGAGCUGAAAGACUUCGUGAUCGAAUACUACGUCUACACCGCAUCUGUCAGCAUGAUCUCGGUCGAUGCGCGACUAAGCAGACAACUCUUCCUAAAUUUCGAUUUGGAGCAACGGGCUCGCGAACUAUUGACCCUUCGAUAUGUCGGAAAUUUGUGCGGUUGCUGGUUGGAGCUACUACUGUUAAUCCCCGUCAUUUUCGAUCUCGGCCGGCAAUGGAUGAUGGAAGACCAGGUUAGCAUGCCGACCGCAGACGACAUGGCCAUGUUCGCUUCAAUACAAGCCCAGAUCCUACGAUGGGCUCCUUUCCCAUUCGUUGAACCAGAAGUCUUCAUGGCAGGCUUGAUCUUUCAGCAAGCCAUGUUGAUUUACCUAUACACGUCUUUGGGGGGUUACAAGUACACGCGUGAUGGGAUGUACAGAGGACUUAUUCAAACCGCAGUGACUGAGGCAAUGUCUUACUUGGAUCAAUUAUCGCCCAAGGCACGCAUAAAUUCUGGGAUGUGUUGGCCUAUUGCCGUUGUCGGCUCUUGUCUGGAGACCCCCGAGCAGAAGGAAUGCUUCGGAAGCCGCCUCGUUGUGAUGUCGAACCAUUUUGGUCUUGGAAAUAUGCAUCGCACACACCAAUUGCUUGAGGCGAUGUGGGAACUACCGCCAUCAGAGGCAGGGCCUUGGAAUAUUUGCCGGUCCAUGCAACAGAAACAAAUUUGGAUAUCAUUCGCUUGA